AUGGCCUUCUUCGGUAAGUUUGGGAGUAUACUUAGGCAGACUGCUAGCAAGCAGAUUGCCGGUGAAAUAUCUGCAUCAAAACCCUCCAUCUACCAAGCAAUACGAUGCAUGUCUUCAGAACUUUUCGUUGGAGGACUUUCAUAUAGCUGUGAUGACCAAAGUCUAAGAGAAGCAUUCAGUAAAUAUGGUCAUGUUACUAAAGCUACAGUGCCUUUGCAUCACGAGACUGGUAGAUCCAGAGGAUUUGGCUUUGUUACAUACAGAUCUAAAAAGGAGGCCUCUAGUGCCAUCCAGGCCUUGAAUGGACAGGAUCUUUAUGGCCGCCGUGUAAGAGUGGAGGCUUGUAGUCCUCGUGGUGGUUGUUCUAUAGCUUCAGGUCGAUAUGAAUUUACUAGUACUAGUUUUGGUGGUGGUCCCGCCACGGCUUAUGGUGGAUUUGAUGGAUGUAGGUGGAUUGUUUACAGAAAUGGUCUUGUCGGAUUUAUCGGCGAGAGCGAGUGA